AUGCCUGCUACACUUGCUGAAAUUCCAACUCUUUUUCACAAAUUCCGUGUGGCGAAACGAGUGCUGGAUCGUGUGAGCAUCUGGGAUGGAGAUAUCACCAAUCUCACCGUUGAUGCCAUUGUCAAUGCAGCAAACAGCAGAUUGGCUGGAGGUGGCGGCGUAGACGGAGCAAUUCACCGUGCUGCUGGAAGAAACGAACUGCAAGCUGAAUGCCGUAAAUACAACGGAUGUGCAGUCGGUGAUGCUGUGAUUACUUCCGGAUGCAAUGUCAAUCACAUCAAAAAAAUCAUUCAUACUGUUGGUCCACAAGUUUACGGAAGUGUUACCGACGAAAAACGCGAGAAUCUCAUUGCCUGUUAUAGAACUUCUCUGGACAUAGCCAUUGAAAAUGGGAUGAAGAGCGUAGCCUUCUGCUGCAUUUCGACCGGAGUAUAUGGGUAUCCGAAUGAUGAUGCUGCCAAGACGGUUACCAAGUUCCUGACAGAGUUUCUCGAAAACGAUGACCAAAUUGAACGUAUCGUCUUGGUGACCUUCCUCCAGGUGGAUAAUGAGCUCUACAACGAAUACUUCGCGAAAUAUGCUGCCACAAAAACUGUCUGA